AUGGCUUUAGAGAAGGACCAGGUGGUCGCCAACAAGUGUGCAGACGGGGACAGACGGGCUUCUGUAGAGGCCUCAGCGGACGGCACAAAUGCUGUGGAUUCGAGACCAAAACGCGGGUCACAGGUCGACCAGGUCACCCGGUCCCUGUUUAUCUACUUCCAACUCCUCUUUGCCGCCCAGCCAACUUUUAGUGACGUCUUCCUAAUAUUGUUUGCAACUCUCUGUGCCAUCGGAGCCGGAGUCCCCUGGCCUUUGAUCGGCAUCCUCUUCGGGCAGCUCGUCGACGACUUCAAUACCAUCACAUGCGCGGCCAGGGACGGGUCCGGCCAGGACCCCUUUCGCUAUGAAACGGCCAUCAACGACAAGGUGGUCAAGACGGCCUGCGCCGGUAUAGCGGUGUUUGCCUUUACCUACUGCUACCUAACGUCCUGGAGCAUCGUCGGCCAGCGCCUGGCCCAGCGCUUGCGCUACCAGUACAUGGCAUCUCUUCUGCGGCAGCCUCCGUCCUUCUUCGAUGUGCGCGGAGCGGCCGGCGAGGUGUCGAGCCGGCUGCACAGCGACAUCACUGCCGUCGAGUCCGGCACGUCGGAGAAGGUCGGAACCAUCAUCAUGACGCUGAGCUUCCUCGUCACCGUGUUCAUCAUUGCCUUUACGAAGCAGCCGCGUUUGGCCGGCAUGUUGAUCUUCAUGCUGCCGACCUUUGUCCUCUCUGGCCUCGUCGGCGGCAGAUACAUAGCCAAGUUGACGGAGCGCCAGAACAAGGCGACCGAAUCCGCCACUUCGGUUGCCUCCGAGUCCCUGUCGCACAUGCCCGUCGUCCAUGCUUUCGGAGCCGCGCCUCGACUCGAGGCCGUCUUCGUCAGGCACAUGGCUCGUGCGCGCAAACACGCCGUUGCCAAAGCUGCUAUCGCCGCUGUCCAGACUGGACUCUUGUACUUUGUUGCCUAUUGUGCUAAUGCGUUAGCCUUCUGGCAGGGCAGCAUCCGCAUCGCCGACACCGUGGCCGAGGAGAGCGGCCGUGCGACGAUGGGCCAGAUAUACUCCAUCGUCUAUCUCCUUGUCGACGCGUGCAUCAUGCUGGGCGGGCUGGCACCUUUGCUCCCGUUCCUUGGAAGUGCCGUCUCGGCAUACCGACGCCUCGCCGAGGACAUUGAGAUGCCUUCUGCCAUUGAUGGGACAUCGAGCGCCGGCCUGAUGCUGCAGCCCGGCAUGGCAAAGACGAUUACGUUUCGCAAUGUAUCGUUUGAGUAUGCCUCGAGGCCAGGCCAGCCCGUUCUGCGGAAUGUCGACCUGGAGUUUCCCGCCGGAAAGCACACGGCGAUUGUAGGCGUCUCUGGCAGCGGCAAGUCAACUAUUGCCUCGUUGAUUGCCCGUUUGUAUGACCCCACGGCAGGGACAAUAGAGAUGGGCGGCCACGAUCUGCGAACGUUGAAUGUCAGGUCCCUGCGGAGCUUCAUCUCCCUUGUUCAGCAGACGCCUUCUCUUUUCCAGUGCUCCAUCUUGGAGAUAAUUGCCCUCGGACUCGUCGCGGCCAAGGAGCAAGCCGAUGCCGCUUGCUUCAUUGACCGUCUUGGUACUGGCUACGGGACGUCUGCCGGCCCUGGAGGAAGCCAGGUGAGCGGCGGCCAACGACAGCGCAUUGCUCUCGCCCAAGCCUUGAUCCGCGACCCCGAAAUCCUCAUCCUCGAUGAGGCGACGGCCUCGGUUGAUUCUGUCUGCGAACAGAGGAUGCAGCUUGCCGUAGAGCGAGCUGCUUCCGAUAGGCGGACCACCAUCUCCAUCGCACAUCGGCUGUCGACGAUUCGCAACGCCGACAACAUCAUUGUUUUUGACUCUGGUCAGGUCGUCGAGCAGGGGACCUACGCCGAGCUCAUGGCAAAGGACGGCGGCAAGUUUGCCUACAUGGCCCGGCUGCAACGGUUGGAGGCACAUAUCUCUGAGACACAACGUCCUCUCGACGCCGAGAGUCAGGCAAAUGGUAAACCCGAGGACGGCCGGAACGAGGUCGAGGACGGUCAUAUCCACGUGCAACCGUUUGGUAGCGUCAUGAAGGGCCUUUGCUCACUCGUCCGACCUUCGUUAGGGUGGUUCGCAAUUGCCAUGGCUGCGGCGGUCGUCGUCGGAGCCGCCUGGUCCGGCGUCGGCGUCAUCUUGGGCUACACUGUCGGGGCAUUGAACCCCUGCCAGAGUACCGUUGACCGUAUCACGUCCAUGGGCAGAUUCUUUGCCGGGCUCAUCCUUAUGCUCGCCGGAGUCGAGCUCAUGGCCAACUUUCUCGCCUGGUGGGGAUUCGGCAUCAUUGGAGAAAGGGUCCUCUACGCGCUGCGCGUUCUCUCCUUCCGGUCGCUCCUUGAGCGGCGUGUUGAGUGGCAUCAGUCAGACGGCCGCUCCCCGUCGGCAUCGCUGUCCAUCAUAACCAAGGAUUGCAUGGCCAUUGGUAGCUUCUGCGGUUCCACGUUUGGCACCGUCUUCGCCGUCUGUGUCAAUGUGGUCCUUGCCAUCAUCAUCUCCCACAUCGUGGCCUGGAAGAUUGCCCUCGUCUGUCUCGUGGCUAUCCCCAUAUUGCUCGGCUUGGGUUUCCUACAGCUUCGAAUGCUCGCGCGCUACCAGGAGCGGCACCAGGAGGCCUUUACGAAGGCAACUUCGCUUGCUACCGAGGCAGUCCAGUCCAUCAGCACCGUCGCUGCACUGUCACUCGAGAAGACUUACAUGCGGUCGUACCUGUGCUUGCUGGAACCUCCUGCAAAGCAGUUGGUGCGCGCGUCGGCAUCGGCGAACAUCUUCCUCGCCAUGUCACAGGCCGUCGGCCCCAUGAUCAACGGCCUGGCCUAUUGGUGGGGAUCGCAGCUGAUAAUGAGGGGAGAGUACACGCAAACGGACCUGCUCAUCAUUCUGAUAGUCAUGUUGUUCUCCAGGACCUGCAUAGCCCUGUCUCGGGUCAUGGCAGCUACGGCGCCGCCAAGUUGCGACAACCCCCUGGACAAUCAUGGCCAGGGCGGCGUGAAGGUGGCCUUCAAAUAUGUGUCGUUUUCUUACCCAGGCCGUCCGCAAGUCCCUAUUCUUGAUGAUGUAUCCUUCACCAUUGCACCAAACCAAUUCUGCGCCAUCGUGGGCCCUUCAGGGGCCGGCAAGUCAACUAUUGUCAACCUCGUCCAGCGACUCUACGCACCAAGCUCGGGCUCUGUCCACCUCGAUGACUGGAACAUCGCCCAAUUGCCCCCCUCUUUCCGUGACGCCAUUGCCUUGGUGCCGCAGGAUCCUGCUCUGUUUGACGGGACAAUUCGAUACAACAUAGGCUUAGGCGCAUUGCCGGGCCAUGAUGCCACAAUGGAAGAGAUCCAAGAGGCUUGCCGCCUGGCCAACAUCCACGACGACAUCGUCGCUCUUCCAGACGGCUACGACACCGCAUGCGGCCCUUCCGCCUCCCGCCUGUCAGGCGGACAGAGACAGCGCCUCGCCAUUGCACGUGCGCUGGUCCGUCGUCCACGCUUGCUUCUCCUCGAUGAGAGUACCAGCGCCCUCGACGCCGCGGGAGAAGCAGCCGUGCAGGAGGGUCUUGAUAGGGCGUCGCGACGCGCCACGGUACUGGCAGUCACGCAUCGGUUGCAUACUGCACAGAAGGCAGACGUUAUUUUGGUCGUCGAGGGGGGGCGUAUUGUCGAUUAUGGACGCCACGCCGAGCUGCUUGAACGACGCGAGAGUUACCGCCUAAAUGUCAUGCAGCAGAUGCUUUUAUAA